UUCCUUCGUCGUUUCUUAUUUUCCCAAACCCUACAAAAUAUCUCCUCUGGCUUGCCGACUUCCAUCCCUUCCUCUUCACCAACCUUGUCUGCUCCUUCCUCCACCAAAACAACCCUCGCCGCCACCUCUCCUUCCCCUUCCCUGACCGUCCAUGGACCAGAUCGAGUGCUGCCUCCGCCACAUUGUUGUCACCCUCUCAGACCGCCUCAAGUGCGCCGAGAGCGCCUUCAUGGAGUGCGUCGUGGGGAACUGGAUCCGGUGCUGGGAGGAGCAGAAUAUCGCCGCUGCCAAGGAGGCGGUGGGCGCUUUCAUUCCUAAAACUCAAAAACCCUAAUUCCUCUGACUCAUAGUUUCGCAUUUUGGAAAGAUUUGGAGUGGUAUUGAGGGUUGGUGGAUCUGGCAGAGACAUGAUUUUCACGUAAAGCAUCCAGCUGAUUGAUUUUCCUAAAAUGUUUCUUUAUAUUUUCCAAAUUUUAAUAGUAUUAGUUUUUACAGUGUGACCACACUCUUUGUUAGUUCUAUAAAUUUAGUUAUAAUGUCUAGUUUGUCUUGUUGCAUCAAGCCGAUAUUUGUCAUGCCUAUCAAAUACCGAGGAAAGGUGGCUUGAAAGAAGAAAAUACCAUUGUUUUUAUGUAUGAUGACAUUGCAUUCAAUUGGGACAAUCCAAGGCCUGAAGUCAUCAUUAACAAACCAGAUGGGGGUGAUGUUUAUGAAGGAGUUCCAAAGAAUUACACUAGCAAAGAUGCUACUGCUCAUAACUUUUAUGCUGCUUUACUUGGAGAUGAGUCCGAGCUUACCGGUGGCAGUGGGAAGGUUGUGAACAGUGGAUUCUGUUGGUUGUUUAUAUGGGUUUCAACAUGGUAUAGGCCUGGAUUGAGACAUACAAUAAAGCUUGAUCUAUAUAGUGGAUUCUUAAUUCAUUGCAGUAUGUGCAUAGAGAGCGUUGUGGAUGAGAAUGCAAGAAAAUCAUCUGGUGGUCUUCAUGAUGCUGCUUGUUCUGCGUGUGAGAUGGCGGUUGUUUGGAUGCAGAACCAACUCAGCCGAAAUCAAACACAGGAUCAGAUACUAAACUACGUCAAUCAGCUUUGCGAUAAAAUGUCAAGCCCGAUGGGAAACUCUUCUGUUGGUUGCGGGGAUAUCUCCUCAUUACCUGUAGUGUCUUUUACUAUUGGUGGAAAAACUUUUAACCUUCGCCCAGAGGAGGAAAGCUCUAUUCAGAACAUGGAAGAAGUGCAGAAGCUUCCAGAUGAACAUUUUUCAUUAAGUGAACAUGUUUUUCUUUAAUGUAUAUUUGAAAAAUGUUAUUAUUGAACAAUUACUUGUAUUUAAUAAUAUUUAAUUUUUGUAUAUUUAGUUCAUUUUAUAAUA